AUGCCGCCACAGAACAGCUCAGACUGGCUGCACGGCUUCCAGACGGGAGCCGAUUGGUUCUUAGCGUGUGGAAACGGCUUGGAACAGGCCACUGCUAGCCUCUGCGACCCACAUGCGCAGUCGCCCUCCACCAUCUUGCUGGUAGGUACGCGUGAGGGAGAAGCCGCACGCCAGGCGCUGUUGCCGGGGCGCAGCCAGUCGAGAUCGCGCGGUAUCGCACAACUACAGGCGGAUGGCUCGACGCUCGAUGAUGAGCAUCCGCUGCUAGUGGCCAGCCUAGAUAUGGACAAUGUUUGCACGACGCAGAAGCCGCCGCCAAAGCACAAUGCGCGUUCGCGUUACAAAGUCGCGUGGCUAUCAGAAUCCUCGCCCACGGCCGAGGCCGACUUAUUCGUGGAGACUGUCGUCGGCAAGUUGCUCCUGCCGUUUGUCGAUGUCGUCUGUCUUUUCCUGGAUGACUUCUCUACCCGUGAGGCGGGCAUCCGGUUCCUCCAGCGAUGCGGACGUCAUAGCCGCCUCUCGCUGGGCUGGAAGCUGCAGGUCAUCCUUGCCAGCAGCAGCACGUACAAGCACAAGGGCAGUCUGGGCCUACCCAUGUUUGGUAGUAUCCAGCGCGUGGUGCUGCCGGCAGAUGGCCGCAAGACCCUGUCUUCUUCCAGGUUCCGCGCUCUGAAAAACACCAUACUUACUAGUGCGAACACAGAAGCUGCGUUGGAAUACAUGGCGUCUGCGCUCAUGCUAGACAGCCUUCCGCCCGGCAUGCAUCGCUUCCAACCAUCGGCGGUCUUCGAGUCCUUGUACCAACCUCAUUGCUACAAAGCCUUUUCGUCGCUGCCGUCUGAGCAAGGCCUCUCGCCAGCAGCUUUGUGUGCACGGUUAAAAGCCAUCUUCAGCCGCUUCUGCGCCGAGCUCGACAAGGAGACGCUGACGACAGUGGGACUGCACAAGAGAAACCUCCAGACCAUCCCCAUAGACUGGAACACCAUCCGAAGCUCUCAGCUGUGUCUUUACUGUCUCUUUCGUAAGCCUGAGCAUAGUCUGCGCUGUGGACACGCGCUCUGUGAGUCGUGCAUCUGCAAGUUCGGGGCCAAAAGACAGCAGAUGGAGCAUUCAUACUCCGUCUCCCAGUGCCUCUUGUGUCAGCGCAAAAGCGAGCUCGUAGUACGUCUCAAGCCACCAACAGCAGGAAGCCGGCUGCUUGUGCUCGACGGGGGUGGCAUCCGGGGGAUAUUCACGCUGCAAAUCCUACGCGCGCUCGAUCAGCAUCGGAAGCUCCCGUAUCCCAUCUACGACGAGUUUGACUUGACGCUGGGGACCAGUACAGGUGGCCUCAUCGCGCUCAUGUUCCUUCUGCGCCGCAACCUGGACGAGUGCAUCGCUGUCUUCAAGCAGCUGGCCCAGCGCGUCUUCCGUCCUCGCCAGCCAUUCGGAAGCAGCCUGCUCGCGAAAGUGUACGGCUUUCUGUCUUCCCUGCUGACAGACAGCUUGUACGGCGCUGCCGAGAUGGAAGCAUGCGUGAAAGAAGCCUUUGGGUCCGACGCCACUCUUUUUGGCUUCACAGAGUCGGGCACGCGCUACAAACACCAUCGAGCUUCUCACAUAGAAGACGAGACCCUCAUCUGUGAUGCAGCCAGGGCUACGUCCGCUGCUCCGUCCUACUUCCCGGCAAAGUUCAUCCGGGGGCUAGGAUUCUUGCAAGACGGCGGCGCCGGGAAACACAACAACCCCAUCGAUCCCGCCGAGUGGGAGUCCCGGGCGAUCUGGGGCACUGCGCCUGAUCUAGCUGUCUCCAUAGGCACUGGGUUCGCCCGAGAUCCAGAGUCGCCACAGAUCGUCUCUCGAAGACUGGGCUUUCGCGACCGCUUCUUCCCACGCUUGUUCCGGCUCUUCAACGCCGUGCUGAACGCCCAGAGCGGCUGGGACGACCACGUAAAUCGAGUGCCUAGAGCCGAGCGGCACAAGUACUUCCGCAUCAACAUAGCGCUAAGACAGGAGCCCCCGCUCGACGACGUUGGCAAGAUGCCAGAGCUGGAAGACUUGGCGGCAGACUUUCUCCGUGGUCACGACUUCUCCAGCCUCACGCGGGCGCUCUUUGCUGCCUCGUUCUUCUUCGAACUUCGCCAGAAGCCGGUUAUAAAGAGGAACCCAGUAGUAUGCUCAGGUUCCAUCCGCAGCCGCAGCCCCGACACGCGCGCGCUGGUGGAGAGAAUCCUGCAGGAGUACCCAGCCGCCUGCUUCACCACGGAAGACGGGACUAGCCUAGGCCAUGUCGGCGGCCCCAGUCUUUGUGCUGCCUGUGGUCGCUAUCGCAAGGACGCGGAUCUCAAGGUCCACCAUCUCGACCAGCGCACGUCCAUCUACCUGCAGUUCAAUCAGCUGAGCCAGCAUAGAAUAAGCGGAUUUCCGCAGUCUAUGACACAGCUCACGAAGCUUCAGCUGCUAGACGCUGACUUUGGCAGACCAGACCACCAAACCGCUGACAUCGCAGGUGCGAGUAGCUGCCAGUGCAACACCAACAGGAAAAGAAAGAGAGCCGUGCCCUUGAAAACGAAGCCCUCCAAAAGGGUGCGCCUAGAUUGA